CCUGGUCAACAAGCCAGCACCACUCUGCUAGGAGGCCAGGCCGGCUCCUGCAGCCGACGCAUCCUGUGUGAGGAGACACACAUAGAUUGCUUUCUUGGGGGCUCUUUGUCAGCCACCAACCCAGAGAACACACACUGACACACACGUACACAAAGAUCUGAGCCAGGUUGUGGGAGCGAGGGUUGCCAUAGCUUUUUUAUGUAGGGUGACCAGAACCGGCUGAAACUGGUUUGAGGCAGAUCAGCUCCUGAACACAAUGCAGUCACUGAGCUACUACAGUGGGAUAGCAGCUUCCUCCCUUCAUGGCAGCCAAAAGCAGAGGAGCUUGCAGGAAGGCUAUGUUCUGUUUUGUGCUUUUCCUUUUAGAAGCUACUAAAGGGUGUUGGGGAUACUUCUGACUAUUAUGAAGGCCAAAAGGCCUGUUGACUGGGGCUGCUUUUAACCCUUUCAUGUUUGCAGAGCAUGCAACCGUGUGACAGUAACUGAACAUUGGUCCAAAGUCUUUCCAAAAGGUCAAGGUUCACAAGAACAUCUGAUCAAAUUCAUGACCAUGGGGGAUAUGAAGACCCCAGACUUUGAUGACCUCCUGGCAGCAUUUGACAUCCCAGAUAUGGUCGAUCCUAAAGCAGCUAUUGAGUCUGGACACGAUGACCAUGAAAGCCACAUCAAGCAGAAUGCUCACGUGGAUGACGACUCCCACACACCAUCAUCUUCAGAUGUUGGCGUCAGCGUCAUUGUCAAGAAUGUGCGGAACAUCGAUUCCUCCGAGGGCGUGGAGAAGGAUGGCCAUAACCCCGCAGGCAAUGGCUUACAUAAUGGGUUUCUUACGGCAUCCUCCCUUGACAGUUACAGUAAAGACGGAACAAAGUCCUUAAAGGGAGAUGUGCCUACCUCAGAGGUGACUCUGAAAGACUCAGCGUUCAGCCAGUUCAGCCCUAUCUCCAGUGCUGAAGAGUUUGAUGAUGAUGAGAAAAUAGAGGUGGAUGACCCCCCUGAUAAGGAGGACGUGCGCUCAAGUUUCAGAUCCAAUGUGUUGACGGGGUCGGUUCCCCAACCAGACUAUGAUAAACUAAAGGCACUUGGAGGGGAAAAUUCAAGCAAAACUGGACUCUCUACGUCUGGCAAUAUAGAGAAAAACAAAGUUAAGAGAGAAACAGAAACAAAUUCUAUAAAUCUGAAUGUUUAUGAACCUUUUAAAGUCAGAAAAGUGGAAGAUAAAUUGAAGGAUAACUCUGAAAAGGUGCUGGAAAACAGAGUCCUCGAUGGGAAGCUGAGCUCUGAGAAGAAUGACACAAGCCUGGCUGGUGUUGCAUCAUCCAAGACAAAGUCGUCCUCCAAGCUCUCGUCCUGCAUAGCUGCCAUCGCGGCGCUGAGUGCUAAAAAGGCGGCAUCAGACUCCUGCAAAGAACCUGUGGCCAAUUCAAGGGAGUCCUCACCGUUACCAAAAGAGGUCAGUGACAGUCUGAGAACGGCUGACAAGUCUCCUGAGUCCCAGAGUCUUAUUGAUGGGACCAAAAAAUCAUCCGUAAAGCAACCGGAUAGUCCCAGGAGUGUUUCAAGUGAGAACAGCAGCAAGGGAUCCCCGUCCUCUCCUGCAGGGUCUACACCAGCAAUUCCCAAAGUCCGCAUAAAAACCAUUAAGACGUCUUCUGGGGAAAUCAAGAGAACCGUGACCAGGGUGUUGCCAGAGGUGGAUCUUGACUCUGGGAAGAAGCCUUCUGAGCAGACGGCAUCCAUGGUGGCCUCUGUGACGUCCCUUCUGUCCUCUCCGUCGGCCGCGGUCCUUUCUUCUCCCCCCAGGGCGCCUCUGCAGUCGGCUGUUGUUACCAAUGCGGUUUCCUCUGCAGAGCUGACCCCCAAACAGGUCACUAUCAAGCCUGUGGCUACUGCUUUCCUCCCCGUGUCUGCUGUAAAGACAGCAGGAUCCCAGGUCAUUAAUUUGAAGCUCGCUAACAACACGACGGUGAAAGCCACGGUCAUAUCUGCUGCCUCUGUUCAGAGCGCCAGCAGCGCCAUCAUUAAAGCCGCCAAUGCCAUCCAGCAGCAAACUGUCGUGGUGCCGGCAUCCAGCCUGGCCAAUGCCAAACUCGUGCCAAAGACUGUGCACCUUGCCAACCUUAACCUUCUGCCUCAGGGUGCCCAGGCCACCUCUGAACUCCGCCAAGUGCUAACCAAACCUCAACAACAAAUAAAGCAGGCAAUAAUCAAUGCAGCGGCCUCCCAACCACCCAAAAAGGUGUCUCGGGUCCAGGUGGUGUCGUCCUUGCAGAGUUCUGUGGUGGAAGCUUUCAACAAGGUGCUGAGCAGUGUCAAUCCAGUCCCGGUUUACAUCCCAAACCUCAGUCCUCCUGCCAAUGCAGGGAUCACGUUACCGUCGCGCGGGUACAAGUGCUUGGAAUGUGGGGACUCCUUUGCGCUGGAAAAGAGCCUGACCCAGCACUAUGACAGGCGUAGUGUGCGCAUUGAAGUAACGUGCAACCAUUGUACAAAGAACCUCGUUUUCUACAACAAGUGCAGCCUCCUUUCCCAUGCACGGGGGCAUAAGGAGAAAGGGGUGGUGAUGCAGUGCUCCCACUUAAUUUUAAAGCCAGUCCCAGCAGAUCAGAUGAUAGUCUCUCCGUCAAGCAAUACUUCUGCUCCAUCUUCCACUCUUCAGAGCUCAGUGGGCGCCAGCACACACACUGUAACGAAAAUCCAGUCUGGCAUAACUGGGACAGUCAUAUCAGCUCCUUCAAGCACACCCAUCACCCCAGCCAUGCCCCUCGAUGAAGAUCCCUCCAAACUCUGUAGACAUAGUCUCAAAUGUUUGGAGUGUAACGAAGUCUUCCAGGACGAGACGUCGCUAGCUACACAUUUCCAGCAGGCCGCAGAUACGAGUGGACAAAAGACUUGCACUAUCUGCCAGAUGCUGCUUCCUAACCAGUGCAGUUAUGCAUCACACCAGAGAAUCCAUCAGCACAAAUCUCCCUACACCUGCCCUGAGUGUGGGGCCAUCUGCAGGUCGGUGCACUUCCAGACCCACGUCACCAAGAACUGUCUGCACUACACACGGAGAGUUGGUUUUCGAUGUGUACAUUGCAAUGUUGUGUACUCUGAUGUGGCUGCACUGAAGUCUCACAUUCAAGGUUCUCACUGUGAAGUCUUCUACAAGUGUCCUAUUUGUCCAAUGGCGUUUAAGUCUGCCCCAAGUACACAUUCCCAUGCCUACACACAGCACCCUGGCAUCAAGAUAGGAGAACCAAAAAUAAUAUAUAAGUGUUCCAUGUGCGACACUGUGUUCACCCUGCAAACCUUGCUGUAUCGUCACUUUGACCAACACAUUGAAAACCAGAAGGUGUCUGUUUUCAAGUGUCCAGACUGUUCUCUUUUAUAUGCACAGAAGCAACUUAUGAUGGACCAUAUCAAGUCUAUGCAUGGAACAUUGAAAAGUAUUGAAGGGCCUCCAAACUUGGGUAUAAACUUACCUUUGAGCAUUAAGCCUGCAACUCAAAAUUCAGCAAAUCAGAACAAAGAGGACACCAAAUCCAUGAAUGGGAAAGAGAAAUUGGAAAAGAAAUCUCCGUCUCCUGUGAAAAAAUCAAUGGAACCCAAGAAAGUGGCCAGCCCUGGGUGGACGUGUUGGGAGUGCGACCGCCUGUUCACACAGAGAGAUGUGUACAUAUCCCAUGUGAGGAAGGAGCACGGGAAGCAAAUGAAAAAACAUCCUUGCCGCCAGUGUGACAAAUCCUUCAGCUCAUCGCACAGCCUGUGCCGCCACAACCGGAUCAAGCACAAAGGCAUCAGGAAAGUUUAUACCUGCUCGCACUGCCCCGACUCCCGGCGCACCUUCACCAAACGGCUGAUGCUGGAGAAGCACAUCCAACUGAUGCACGGCAUCAAGGACCCUGACCUGAAGGAAAUGACAGACGCCACCAACGAGGAGGAGACAGAAAUAAAAGAUACCAAGGUUCCCAGUCCCAAGCGGAAGUUGGAAGAACCAGUUUUAGAGUUCAGACCUCCCAGAGGAGCAAUCACUCAACCACUGAAAAAGCUAAAGAUCAAUGUUUUUAAGGUUCACAAGUGUGCUGUGUGUGGCUUCACCACUGAAAAUCUGCUGCAGUUCCACGAACACAUCCCGCAACACAAAUCGGAUGGUUCUUCCUACCAGUGCCGGGAGUGUGGCCUCUGCUACACAUCUCACGUCUCUCUGUCCAGGCACCUCUUCAUUGUGCACAAGUUGAAGGAGCCUCAGCCCGUGUCCAAGCAGAACGGGGCUGGGGAGGAUAACCAGCAAGAGAACAAGCCAAGCCCCGAGGAUGAGUCCCCCGAUGGCACCGUGUCAGACAGAAAGUGCAAAGUCUGCGCAAAAACUUUUGAAACUGAAGCUGCCUUAAAUACUCACAUGCGGACACAUGGCAUGGCCUUCAUUAAAUCCAAAAGAAUGAGUUCAGCUGAGAAAUAGCCACAGAUGUUCCAUAAGGAAAAUCCCUGUCCACAUUGGAAGAAAAAAGACAUUUUUGUUACAAAAAGUUUGCAGUAUAAUAGAGUUAACAGUACUGUCCAGGCUGUUGCAAUAUAUUCUCUUUCAAUGUACCUUCUUCACCUCGUCAUAUAUAUCCUCGAUAAGUAUUAAAACAGUAUUUGAGUUUAAA